UUGGGGUAGGAGAAGAGGGAUCAGGACUAAGUCCCAGGUCCCGGGCGUGGCUCUCAGGGUCUCAGGGUACUGUCUGCACUGGGGAGGCGCUGCGUUGGGGAUUCCCCACUCCGCUGAGUUUCACUUCUCCCAACCUGUGUCAGGUCCUUCUUCCAGGGCACUCGGAACGCGGCCCCAGUUCCCACUCCGAUUGGGUGCUGGGUUCUAGAGAAGCCAAUCAGCGUCUCCGCGGUCCAGCUUCUAAAGUUCCCACCCAGAGUCAGAUUCUUCCCGGACACCUAGAAUGGGGUCAUGGCUCCCCGAACCCUCCUCCUGCUGCUCUCGGGGGUCCUGGCCCUGACCGAGACCUGGGCCGCGACGCCGCGAGUCCGAGGAUGGAGCCGCGGGCGCCGUGGAUGGAGCAGGAGGGGCCGGAGUAUUGGGACCGGGAGACGCAGAAAGCCAAGGCCCACGCACAGGUUUUCCGAGUGAACCUGCGCACCGCGCUUCGCUACUACAACCAGAGCGAGGCCGGGUCUCACACAUUCCAGAGGAUGCAUGGCUGCGACCUGGGGCCUGACGGGCGCCUCCUCCGCGGGUAUCACCAGUUAGCCUAUGAUGGCAAGGAUUACAUCGCCCUGAACGGGGACCUGAGCUCCUGGACCGCCGCGGAUAUGGCGGCUCAGGUCACACAGCGCAAGUGGGAGGCGGCCCGUGAAGCUGAGCAGCGGAGAGCCUACCUGGAGGGCGAGUGCCUGGAGUCCCUCCGCAGAUACCUGGAGAAUGGGAAGGAGACGCUGCAGCGCUCGGGCCCCCCAGAGACACACGUGACCCACCACCCCGUCUCUGACCAUGAGGCCACCCUGAGGUGCUGGGUCCUGGGCUUCUACCCUGCGGAGAUCACACUGACCUGGCAGCGGGAUGGGGAGGAGCAAACUCAGGACACUGAGCUUGUGGAGACCAGGCCAGCAGGGGACGGAACCUUCCAGAAGUGGGCGGCUGUGGUGGUGCCUUCUGGAGAAGAGCAGAGAUACACGUGCCAUGUGCAGCACCAGGGGCUGCUGGAGCCUCUCACCCUGAGAUGGGAGCCAUCUUCCCAGCCCACCAUCCCCAACGUGGGCAUCGUUGCUGGCCUGGCUGUCCUAGGAGCUGUGGUCACCAUAGCUGUGUUUGCUGCUAUGAUGUGGAGGACGAAGAACUCAAGUAGGGAACGGGUGAAGGGUAGGGUCUGGAUUUUAUUGUCCCAUUGGGGGUUUCAAGUCCCAGAUAGAAGUGUUCCCUGCCUCAUUAAUGGGAAGCACCAUCCACUCCUGGGCCGUCCCAGCCUGGGCCUUGUGUGCCGGCACGUACUCUUUUGUGUAGCACAUGUGACAAGGAAGGACAAUGUAUCACCUUGAUGGUUGUGGUGUUGGGGUCCUGAUUCCAGCAUUCACGAGUCAGGGGAAGGUGCCUGCUAAGGACAGGCUUUAGGAGGGCGGUUGGUCCAGGACCCACACCUGCUUUCCUGGUGUUUCCUGAGUCUGCCCUGGGUCUGUAGUCAUAGUUCUGGAAACUUCUCUUGGGUCCAAGACUAGGAGGUUCCUCCAAGAUCCCAUGGCCCUGCCUCCUCCCUGUCCC